UGAAAGUCCCUCAAGUGAUCUUUCUUUCUAUCUUAACCCCGGCCGAAGCGGCAGAGAGCGAAGGUUUUGUUUUUGCUUUUCGUGUUUGAGAAAGCAAACAAGUAGUCGCUCCGACGCUCGUCGCCCGCCCUCCACCGUCGGAGCUUGUCGCACGCAAGAUCGAGAUGCUGUUCUUCUCGUACUUCAAGGAGCUGGUGGGGAAGGAGGUGACGGUGGAGCUGAAGAACGACCUGGCCAUCCGGGGCAUCCUCCACUCCGUCGACCAGUAUCUCAACAUCAAGCUCGAGAACACCCGCGUCGUCGACCAGGACAAGUACCCCCACAUGUUAUCAGUGAGGAACUGCUUUAUUCGGGGAUCUGUGGUGAGGUAUGUUCAGCUUCCUCCUGAUGGAGUAGAUAUAGAUAUCCUCCAUGAUGCCACCCGGAGAGAAGCUCGUGGAGGUUAAGUUAUUGUGUGUCACUACCUUUCUCAUUUUUCGACGCACUCUCCGAUGCUUUGUUCCAUCAAAUUGCCCUAUAUUGUAGACAGUGAUUAGUUUGAUUGUGAAAGCAUACUUCCAGGGUUGGGUUGGUUUGCUUGAACUUUCAUACCAUUUUCUUUUUGUUUCCUUUUUUGCCUUUUUAGAAGAUUGUGUUCAUUUAGCUUGUGAUCGCUAGUGUUGUUGGUCAGUAGGUUUGUUUAAUUGCAAUGAACCAGUUAAAAAGGGAGAGAUUGUUGGAUGAAUACACUAUAUCAACAAAUCUUCUAUAUGAGAUUCAACACUUCAUGACUAGCA